UCGGGUAUUAAAUUACUCUACAAAAUGUUUUUUUUUGUAAGAAGAAAGCGAGAUUACAAAAACGUGUUUUUCUUUCUUCUUUGAAGAGACAACCCAGAGAAGUCAUACCUUACCUUUUUCUUGGUCAGCUUUGAAAGGCUUCAUUUUUAUAUUCAAUUUUGUUUUUUUUUUUUAAGAUUCACACUGCUCUGUAUUAUUAUUCUCUCUAUAUGUGUUCUUGCAGAAAGUAGCUGGUACUAAUAAUAUAAAGCUGAAUCUUCAUUUGCCACUUUUGGUGAAGACCACCGUGGGUGUGUGAUUGUACAACUAGUUGGUCCUGGAGUGCCUUUUCAAUAUCAUCAGGGCCCUGAGAAUGGGGUCCUGUCUAUCUGCUGAGAGCAUGAGUCCUAGACCGGGCUCUCCUUGCUCUCCUGGCUUUGGUGUGAGAAAAAGAAAAAACUCCAAGAAUAAGAGACUUGGCGGUUCCAGAAACUCCUCCUUUGACUCCAGGAGAGAUGAUCCUCUCCAUCGAGUCCCCGGUCGUAUGUUCUUGAAUGGAUCUAGUGAGGUCGCUUGUAUCUUCACUCAACAAGGCAAGAAAGGGCCUAACCAAGACGCCAUGGUUGUUUGGGAGAGUUUUGGUUCGAGGACGGAUACAGUGUUCUGUGGAGUGUUUGAUGGGCAUGGUCCUUUUGGUCAUAUGGUUGCUAAGAGAGUCAGAGACAAUCUUCCUCUCAAGUUAAGUGCUUAUUGGGAAGCUAAAGUACCUGUUGAAGGUUCUAUAAAGACUGUUAAUAAUAGUGCCAACAACAACUCUGAAGAUGCUGCUUCUUUUGUAUCUACCGAGGAAGAGCCUAGGCCAGAAGAGAGCACAGAUUCUGAACUGUUUCAAACUCUGAAAGAGGCGUUUCUUAAGGCUUUUAAAGUUAUGGACAGAGAACUUAAGUUCCAUGGCAGUGUUGACUGUUUCUGCAGUGGUACAACCGCUGUGACUUUGAUCAAACAGGGUGAGUAUCUAGUUGUUGGAAACGUUGGGGACUCUAGAGCUGUGAUGGGGACAAGAGAUGGUGAAAAUGGUCUUGUUGCUGUUCAACUAACUGUGGAUCUCAAGCCAAAUCUACCAGCUGAGGAAGAGAGAAUAAAGAAGUGUAGAGGACGUGUGUUUGCUCUUAGAGAUGAGCCUGAUGUUUGUAGAGUCUGGCUCCCAAACUGUGACUCGCCUGGUCUUGCAAUGGCACGUGCUUUCGGAGACUUUUGCCUUAAAGACUUUGGUCUAAUCUCUGUCCCUGAGGUUUCAUUUCGCCGAUUAACCGAACAAGAUGAGUUCAUAGUGUUGGCUACAGAUGGGGUUUGGGAUGUACUAUCAAAUGAAGAAGUAGUGAAGAUUGUGGCUUCAGCACCAUCACGUUCCUCUGCAGCAAGAGCUUUAGUUGAGACUGCGGUUAGAGCGUGGAGACACAAGUACCCAACCUCAAAAGUCGAUGACUGCGCUGCGGUUUGCUUGUAUCUAAACUCCAACGGCUCAAACGCCAUAUCUACAGCUUCUUCCUUCUCCAAACUUGAAGAUGGAGAUGAGAUUGAUGAUGGAUCAGGUCCAAGCGGUGGUCUAGGACGUUCGAGUACUGUCAGGACAGGGAAAGAGAUUGCUCUCGACGAAAGUGAAGCUGAGAAGCUGAUAAAAGAAGAGGAUACAGAACAUGGAACAGAGUAUUCUGCACUAGAAGGUGUUGCAAGAGUUAAUACACUUUUGAACUUACCAAGAUUUGUGCCUGGAAAGUGAAAAAGAGAAAAGAAGAAGUUUGAGUUUGUGACAAAGACAUCAUCAAAAUAAAUUACUCAGGAGGAGAGGUUCUGUGUUUUUUUUCCCACCUUUCUUUCUACAUUUUUCUCUUAUUCUUUUUAUCUAAAAUCUGUUAGAGAUUCAUUGUUUUUGGAACUACUUAAAUACUCUGUCAGUUUUGUCUUUUUGUUUAUGUCUUUAGUUGAUCUCAGUAAAGAAGAGUGAAAAACACAUCACCAUAAUGUAAUAAUGGGAAGCAGAUCCUUUACAUGAUAACAAACAGAGGGACCAAACUUUAAUUUUAACCAA